CCACACUCUGAGCAAAUUUACAAACCAAAGCAGAACAGCGUCAUGACAAAGACAUUUGUCUCCUCUAUGGGCAAACUUUGUUCAAAGGCAGUCAAUUCUUUGGGUUGUGGUGAAGAAAGGCCUCUUGCUUGAUCAUGGAGCAGACUCGUAACGGAAUUGCCUACCUCCUUGAUGGAGCCGCCAACAUUGGCAACAGGAUUGCCGACGGAAUUGCCGACGGAGCCGCCAGCAUUGGCAACAGGAUUGCCGACGGCUUCAGAGCACUCUCCGAAGUAUGUGCAUCAACGGCUGCACGUUGUCGCGUCGACCAAGGCCAAGACAAGGCCCUUGAUGCUGCCGGCGCCGCGGAAAAUCCAUCCAAUGCUCCACUUCAGCAAACUCAACCUCCGAGCUACCUCUCUGACAUUGUUAUGCGGGCCAACGGCGACUCGGAAGAAACCCUCUUGAGCGACGUCCGAAGACUUCUUGAACUUCAAGGUCUUGGCAUUGGCUACACUGACCAUGAAAUUUUGACAUCAAUUCGGUCGCUCUGUGUGGGUGGUGAUCGCAGGGCAGAGGAGUCCUCCGAGACUUCCUCUUCAACCCGUACAACAAUGUCCUCGGGUGUUGUUCCAUGUUUCAGAAACCCACAUCACUGAUUUAUUUCCUCCCCUUUGACAAAUAAUGUGCGUGAGUAAAUGUGACAAAAGGGUAAAA